AAGACGUACCCCACCCAGCCUACGAGACCUACUCCCCCUCCACCUCCCACACGCUACCCUCCUUCAGAAACCACCACCCCGGGAGGACCGCCAUCGUACGAUUACGACGGAGGAACAACACCACCACAGUGUGACCCUAAUCCAACGCCCUGCGUCUGUCCUUCUCCCUCUCCAUCGCCUCCACCACCGCAGUCGACUCCACCAUAUCUGCCACCAGGAACUCCAGCUACAGUACCGCCCACUCGAAACACCCCUCCAACCCCUCCAGGCACGCCGGCUACACAACCAACGCCCACUCGAUACACUCCCUCACCGCCAACCAAUCCUCCACCUACAACCACUCGAUAUGUUCCUCCUACUAAUCCGCCAACGCCAACACCAACUCGUUAUAGUCCUCCUGGAACAGUUCCACCCACCGGAUAUUUUUCUUCGCCCAGCACUCCACCAACUAGAUCCGUACCUGUGACGAACACAACCCGGCCAAUACACUUCGUCAGCUCCAGGCGGUUAUGUGGCUACCAACGCGGAAAUGCAGGAGGCGAUUACAAGCUGUUCAUCUACGUGUUCCUCUUUGGCUUCCUCUGGGGGAGAUCAGGUCAGCACAGAUACACUACGACAACACGCAAGGUCAAAUUCAAACGACAACAGCCACUUUCAGCAGUCGCGCAGGGCAAUCUAAGCCGUAAUCUGGUAUGGUGGACUAACAACGGAUACAAUCCAUCAGUACAACAAGUACAGAAUCUGUUCAACACCGCCAGUCAAUACCUUGAACAGUACUGUUGA